UAUAAACUGCAGUGCACAUAUUGCAAGUUUGCAGCAGAGAUAAGAGUGAGAGAGAAAAGAAAGAGUGUGCAAAGAAGAGAAGGAAAAAGAUGGAAGAAAUGAAGCAAAUGGCAUACAAAGCAACUGCAAAGCUAAUGUUAGGUACACAUGAACGGAACUUGUUGCCUGAUGCUGUUAUUAGACGCCUUACUCGCCUUCUCUUAGCCGGACGCCUCCGUUCUUCCUACAAACCUUCUUCUCAACUUCAACUCUCUGAUCUUAUCCAAUUUGUUCACUCUUUGACAGAAAUGCCUAUAGCUAUUCAGACUGAUACGGCAAAAUCGCAACACUAUGAACUUCCUACUUCCUUUUUCAAGCUUGUUCUAGGAAAACAUCUAAAAUACAGUUGCUGUUAUUUUUCUGACAAGCAGACAAAUCUAGAUGAUGCAGAGAAAGCAAUGUUAGAUUUAUACUGUGAGAGGUCAGGGAUACAAGAUGGUCAUACUGUUCUUGAUGUUGGAUGUGGAUGGGGGUCACUCUCUUUGUACAUUGCACAGAAAUACAGUAACUGUAGGGUUACAGGAAUUUGCAAUUCAGUAACACAGAAAGCACAUAUUGAGGAUAAGUGCAGGGAUCUUCAGCUGAAAAACAUUGAGAUAAUAGUAGCAGAUAUAAGUACAUUCGAAAUGGAAGGAAGUUAUGAUCGGAUACUGUCCAUCGAAAUGUUUGAGCACAUGAAGAAUUACAGAGAUCUUCUAAAGAAGAUAUCGAAUUGGAUGAAACCUGAUGGCCUUCUAUUUGUUCAUUAUUUUUGUCACAAAGCUUUUGCAUACCACUUUGAGGAUGUUAACGAAGAUGACUGGAUCACUCGAUAUUUCUUCACCGGAGGCACAAUGCCUGCAGCAAAUCUACUACUGUAUUUUCAGGAUGAUGUCUCUAUCGUUAACCACUGGCUUGUAAACGGGAAGCAUUACGCACAAACAAGCGAGGAGUGGCUUAUUAGAAUGGACCGUAACUUGGCUUACAUAAGGCCUAUAAUGGAGUCGACUUAUGGCAAAGAUUCAGCUCUAAAGUGGAUAGUAUAUUGGAGAACUUUCUUCAUAGCAGUUGCUGAGUUAUUUGGGUACAAUAAUGGAGAAGAAUGGAUGGUAGCUCAUUUCCUGUUUAAGAAGAAAUGAGGAACAUGGAAUUACCAUCAGAAAUGGCAGAUGAAGCUGAUUUUCUUAUUUUAAUUGUUGUAGUGAGAUUUAACUUCCCUAAGAGUUUACACUGCAAGUCCACAACAUGUGUUUCUUAUGUUGAUUGCAGUCUGCAACAUGUAUUUCUGAUGUUGAUUGCAGUCAUAUUUUGUUCUUGAUUUUAGGGAUGUUUUAUGUCCUAAUUUUCUAGAGAACAUUCUUCAUCUA